CCAGGGGUCUCUGUCUCUCAAACUCUAAAAUUGAAUUUCUAGUUCACCUUCCUCGGUGCCCCAUUUCUGCCCUCCUGUCUGUCUGGGUCUUCCCCGCCCCCCAAAGUCUCUGAGGUUCGGUGCCCCACUUGGGGCCUCUGCCCCCCUCUGUCAAAGUCCAUGCCCCUCUAUGCCCGGACCUCUUUUUCACUCUCCCCAUCCACAGCCUGCAGGCCUUCCAUUGGCUGGAUUCAGCGAGGGAGGGUUCUGUUACUAUGGCAACAGCCACAACAAGCCUCCGGCUUGGCUAAAAGGCGGGGGGCAGGGAUCAUGGCGGGUCGGACCCUCGCUCUGCGCUAUGGCCCUCCCUGGCCCCCCAUCUCUGGGACCGAGGAUCCAGGAUCCUGGCCCGACUGGCAUCUCACCAGCAGUGGUGUCGCCCACCACAUCAUCCCAUCCGUGCCCUUUCGCCCGCCCACUCUCCAGUCCACGGUGGCGGAGCCCCUGGCCACAGCCGCCAAGCGGGAUCUGCACAUCUGGGCUUUCGACGAGGUCAUCAGCAGAUGGGAGACCACCUAUGGCGCGGCUCACCGGGUGCUCAAGACCCACGGCGGGCCCUAUGCGCAGCCCAAGGUCCCAAAGCCGAAGGACCUCGCGCGGUCUGUGGGGAUGAAGGAUUUUGGGGAAAAGGUUGGGUCCCCGAAACGUCUUCCUGCAGCUCUCGCGCCGCGGCUGGUGCCUCCCCCUGACCACAAAGCACCAGAGCAGCGAGGCGCGGGCGCAGUACUCCGCGUGGCCCGACCUGCACCAGCGCGCCCGGCCCCUGCGGUUCGCCGACCACCACCUCACCGGCGCUUCCCAGACUCUCAUUCCCUGGAGGAUGAGCCCGGAGCUGGCCGGCCGGCCUCUCACAGUGUCCAACCAGGGCAUCCUGGACCGCUUUCAGCUCUACCUGCCCACCUAUGCCGGGGACUUCCGAGCCUACUCGAAGAAGGAGUUGUUACCCUGGGGCCACGCCCCCCAGCAGCCGCCCUGUCGACCCUCCUGUCGGGUGCCCCCAUCGCUGCGGAUCCGUGUGCCCCGUGUGCCCCGCGCCCGCCCGGUGCCGCCGGCGGUGCCGCACCGCGGGGCGCUGUCGCUGGCGCAGGAGUCCUACAGCCUCCCGCUGCACCCGCUCCGCCGGCUGGACGGCUUCUACCCGGGGGCGCUGUCCUGGAGAGUCCCGCACCGGAACCCCGUGCCGGCCAUCUACCGCGUGCCGCAAGCCUACCGCACCGAGAGCUCCAACUACGGCAGCUCCAAGCCCGCCCUGGUCUGAGCGCCCCGCCAGCCCCGCCGCAGACACGUCCCCCCCCCCCCCCCCCCCCAGCAGGGGCGGAGCGGAGCCUGGAAGCCGGCCCCUGGGCACCCCGUGGGCGGGGCUGAGCUUGGGA